GGACCCGAAGGGGCCCUCUCAGCCUCGCCCUCUCGUGCCCUCUCCCGUCCCUGCUUGGCGCGCCGCUGUGCCUUUUCCGCCCCUCCACCUUCUCCCACCUGGGCCCUCGGGUCCACCUGUCCGUGCGCUCCCCGCCCGCCCCCACCCUUGCCCGCCCCUGCGCCCUGAGCCCCCGGGAGCCGGGCCGCCGCAGAGGCAGGGAAACUUCUGCGGCUUCGGGCGCGGUACGCGGGGACCCAGGCUCCGGCCGGCGCCCGCUCGGGGCUGGGACCGGCGGCUGCGCGCCCACGAUGGGCUGCUCCAGCAGCGCCCUCGGCAAGGCUGGCGACGGCAGCAGGUUCCGCAGCGCAAAUUCAAAUGAAUGCUUUUCUGCUACAGAAGAAAGCGAGUCCUGUACCGCUCAACCCAAGUCGUGUUCGGGGGGCAGAGAAUCUGCGUUCUGUGGCAACAUGCAGAGGGGGAACCUCGCCCCAUCAGAGAAGCCCAAGGCAUCGGUGAUGCCCACAGCUAACGGGAUCAGAUCCUGCGGUUCACAGCCCCUGGCGAAGGAUGAAGCACCUGCAAAGGGUGCUGGAGACCAGUCAGGACCUACAGAGAAGGCCCAGCCUCCAGAAGGACCGGAGGAAUCGGAGCCACGUCAGCCGGGUGGCAAAGACGAUACCGCAGGAACAGAAGAAACGGUGAAGGACGUGGACGCAGUGCUGGAGGUUCAGGCUUUAAAGGAAAAUGCCGAGGCGGAACCUGCGGGGACAGCAGGAGCGAGGGACUCCCUGGGAGCAGGGGAAGGUCCAGAGAAUCCACAAGCGCAAACUAUGGGCCUGAUGAAACCCGUAGGGACAGGGGAAACCGGCGCACCUCUGGAAACAGCUGGAGAGCUACAAUGUCAGGAAGCAGCGGGAGAAGAGGAGCAGCCCCUGCUGCUAGACACGGCCCCCAAGGACAGCGGAUCUCCACCAGCACUGGAAGGACAUCAGUGGGCGGAGACCGUUGCAGAGCAGCAACUUCAAGAAGCAAUGGGGAAAGAAGAGCAGGCGCAGCCCCAGCUUCCAGAAACAAUUCCCAGAGAGAAUGGGCCGCCAGAGAUACCGGAAGGAAGCCGGUUUGUGGAAACUGCUGAAGAGCCACAGCUUCAAGAAACGUUAGGAAAGGAUGCGCAGCCUCGGCCUGCACAGGUAAUUCCCAAAGAGGACGGGACACCAGAAAGACAGCACAAAAGUCAGCCUGUGCUGACUCCAGUAAUGAGUGACCCAGUCCACACAACUCCUCACGAUCCCGGAAUCCCGAAGCAGGUUCAACCUGACGGAAUCGUAGGAGGCAAGGAGCGUCCAGCAGGAAUCGCGGAGACGGCAGCGGAUGUGGAAGUGGACAGGGAAAGUCCCACUGCGGAAGAGGAGCCACGCGCUGAAGGUGAGACGGGAGAACAGGUGGAAACAGAGAUGGAGAAUGAGAAAGUAAGUGAAGAAGCCGAAACGAAAGAAGAAGAAACAGGAGAAGCCGUGGAUCUUUCGGCAGCCACCUAGACUGGGGUGGGGACUGGAGGGAGGGCAGACACAGUGUGGUAUGCAGGGAAGAGAGAAAAAUGGUGGUGCCCCCGCGGCUGCGGAUCUUAUCUGCUACGGCUGCAUGUUUUAUACAGAAAGUGAGAUAAUAGAUAGACUGUUGGAGCCCUGCUCUUGAUUGUAUUUUUGUAUAAAACUGCUCAGCUGGAAGGUUUUCUUAGCUACUUAGGAUAAUUAUGCAUUUAAAAUGACAAUAGACAGAGCCAGUGAAAACCAGGGUAUAGGAUUGUUUAUAAAUGUGCGAGUGACUUCGGUGGUUGCGGCAAUGGGUCCUUUCAGGAUAAAAAAUGAGACACCACAAAGAAAGCAUAAACUUACAGGCACAGGUGGCUGGAGAACGCAGUUAGCACAUUUUAAAGAAGUCAUCAUAAUAGUUACACGGUAUGAUUACAAGGGGACAAGAAUGAAUACCAAAAACCAUGGGAUGAAUUACAUGUAUUUCUGUCCUGCCCUAGGAACUAGAGCUGGUACGAACCUUGGGAAGUAGUUCAUCUAAUUACCUCCUUAUCCAAAGUUUCCCGCUGCCACAGACCCCUUGCAUCACAGUAUACUAAAUACGUUAACAGAUGCUUUCCAAAGGGACGCAGACUAUGGUGCUGGUCCAAGAUGAAGCACUUUUACAGCGAAAGGCUCCAUUUUCCAAGUGCCAUUUUGAAUCAGCUGGUCAUUUACUUACGUGCGGUUCAGCUGGUGUUAUCCUCUUGACUAGCAUGAAAAGCAUUUUGAGCUAACUGACUUCGAUGUAUUUCAGAGGCAACAAACAGCAAGAAUUAAGUCCUAGUUUUAUUGCCUAUGAGGAGUCUUCCUGGGUCCUAUUCAUUUUUUUAGAUGACUAUUAUUCAAUAUUAGGUUUUAGAAGUGGAAAGGAGGUAAGACAUCAAAAUUUUAAAAGCAUUUAUGAUUUCAUUCAUGUUAAAAUGAUGUACCACAGAAAGUCACCUUUCAAGAAUUCUUUCGAAAUUGGCAAGGGGUUUUGGUAAAUAACUGUGAAUAAAUGACACAGUCAGUGUGCCCACUGUUAAGUGCCUGGUGUUUAUGAAUAUCACAGUAGAAUUCUAAAAAUAUUUGGUUUUUUUAUGGUAUUUGUAAAUACAUGUUUUCAGAGGUAACUGCCCAAAUGAAUUAACUAGACUUUUUUACUUUAGAUUCUACAUUAAAAUGACUUACUAAGAUGAUUUGUAAUUAAUCAUAGGAUUAUAGGAUAUAGGAAGAGUAUAUCAGCUUUGUUCUGUUUUUGAUAUUAGUUUAUGCCUUUGGCUUUAAAGUGUUCAGGUAAACAAAAGGAGUUCCUAGAAUUGAGUGUGGUGGUGCACACCUGUAAUCCCAGCACUCAGGAAGCUGAGGCAGGAGGAUUGCCUGGAGUUUGAGGCCA